GGAUUCCAGAGUAUAUUUGGUGAUGUGAAGCUUCGUUUGGACUCUUCCACAGGUGAAAUUGAUGUGACCCAUUCGCUCCUCCGGUCAUGUAAAUUUCCUGCCUCUGAACCCACGGAAAAGUGGGACCCUUGACACGACACUUUGCCGUAACGUCGUAGUCUCGUGGUCGCGAAUGUGCCCAUUUAUUAUGCCCGCGCGAGCUUCAUGGAUCCAUCUGGAUACUGUGUGAUCGAGCUUCGAUUUCCCAGCUUACUACAUUAGAAGGCCGAUGGACUCAGCCUUAUCCAUUCGGUGAGAAAGGCCUUUAACCUGCGUCAAUCUCAAUGUCAGCUCCUGCCCUCUCGCCUCGUUUGCUGGAAAAUCAGGACUCCUGUUGAGUGAAUCUCGCUUUCUUUCAGCGGAAUCCGAGACGCUUUUGAGAAUUCAGAUAGGACGAUCCAGGGCUCAUCUUGAACCAUUCUUCGGGGUCGCUGGCAGGUGCUACUCAUUGACAACUUUCGAGCAACUGGCAUUUCUUCUUGACCAGACUUCCAGUAAAGUCGCGAAAAGCUGGCUCGACCUGUUGCUCAUCAAUGAGACAGACACACACAUGCAGUUUGAACUUUGAGUUCUGGGUAGAUCAGUGCAUCUCGACGAAGAGGGAAUUCAUUACAGGGCAAUCAGAAGUGACAGGACGGAUUGUCGUGAUCAGUGGAGGCAACCACUUCCGAUAUCCCCAUCCUUCACGUCGUUCUGUGUCGAGCCCCAGUUUAGAUUCUUCCUGCUGUAGUCCCCACCGAGUUGUGAGGUCAAACCCGGCACUACCAAAACUUGCAUCCAAAAGAUGUAUUGACUUUCCACUGUGAUAUUAGAGAAAGUUGAUGCUGUGGUCGGGUUCUGCUUUCUAUAUAUAGGUUCUGCUUCGUCUCGCUGUACGAGCAGACUCAGAUAUUAGAUCUCCACAUGACUCCAUGAACAUGGCACGGUCCAAUUCCAUCAGCUCGUAUACUUUCAAUCAUGUAUGGUAUCAGAUAUUGUCUGUACAGCAGACUGUUGGGAUGCCUAAGAUGAAACGGGAUUAUCUUCCCAUUUCUUCGCAUGGAACUGUACGACGAGAUUCGGAAGUUUACAGUUGGACGUACCCUAGCUG